AUGAGUCUUUGGGUCGACAAAUACAAACCAACCAGCAUUGAUCAGUUGACUUAUCACAAGGGUCUCUCAAAACAACUCAAAGGAUUGGCUCGAUCCGACAAUUUGCCCCAUUUGUUGUUUUAUGGUCCUUCAGGUGGUGGAAAAAAGACACGCAUUGCAGCUAUGCUUCGAGAAUUGUUUGGUCCUGGCGUCGAAAAGCUCAAAAUCGAUCAACGUCAGUUUUCUACGCCGAGCAACCGUAAGCUUAUCUUCACUAUCGUUCAAAGCAACUAUCAUUUGGAAAUCAAUCCAAGUGAUCUCGGCUUUUAUGAUCGUAUCAUUGUUCAAGAUGUGAUUAAGAGUAUUGCACAAACACAGCAGGUGGAUGCCAAUGCAAAACAUCAAUACAAAGUGGUGGUGAUUGAUCAAGCUGAUGAAUUGACGCGUGAAGCACAAGCAGCGUUACGUCGUACCAUGGAAAAGUAUACGACCAAUUUGCGAUUGAUUCUUUGCUGCAACAGCUUGAGCAAGUUGAUUGCCCCUCUUCGUUCACGUUGCUUGAUUCUCCGUGUGCCCCGCCCAACCUUACCCGAGGUCUCCACAGGAUUACAGCUUGUAGCCAAUCAAGAAAAGUUCAACUUGCCAAAACCUCUUGCUGAGAAUAUUGGACGUAUGACACAAUGCAACAUGCGCUCAUCAUUAUUGACUUUGGAAAGCACGGCAGUAAAAUUCUCUGAUCUUUCAAGUGUACAAGUCCCUGAAGCGAUGGAUUGGGAAGUGGUCAUUCAAGGAUUGGCCAAGAUGAUUUUGGAAGAACAAACACCACAAAGAUUACUGGAAACCCGAAAGCAUGUUUAUGAUUUGAUCACGCGUGGUGUGGAGCCUACUGUUAUUAUGAAGAACCUCUCGUUUCAAUUGAUGAAAAGGAUGGAUAGUGAAAUGCAAAGAACGGUCAUUGACAAAGCAGCUUACCAUCAACACCGCAUGAAUUUGGGCCGUAAACACGUAUUUCAUUUGGAAGCUUUCAUUGCCAGUGUGAUGGACGCCUAUCUUCGUCAUCGUACAAAGUACUAG